AUGCCGGGUGGGCGAGAGGCAAGCUGUCGACUUGACCGGUGGUACUGCUCGGCCGUCGACGGAGAAUGGGUACGCGCAAUCGGUACGUCUAUUCCUGGUCCUUUCUCCGAUCACAACGGUGUUUCAAUACGCGUGGCAGUUCCUGGACGGACUGUGCAGGUGAAGUCGCGAAGGCAGUUGUACCCGCCGCCUAGGUACGCUGUGCGAGAGUACGAGUUGGUGACGACGGACUUUUUCCAACGUGCAUCCGGGACCCUUGAAGGCGUCAUCGCAACAGCAGACACCGUUACGGAACAAGCCCGGGCAACGGCCAUAUGGUGGGAUGCUGAAAAAGCUGGACUGCGACAGAGAUACUCCGAUGCGGCCAAGGAUGCUCGCCGAAAAUCUACGACCGGCUACCGACAGCGCCUAAAGCGGCUUACCGCCCGUCUGGCGACCGCGAUCCGAGAAACCCCUGGUCCGGGUGCUGAUCCGUCUCAAUCGGUCAUCCAAGCCCGACGUGCGGUAGUAGAUUGCAAAGCCAAGUGGCAGAAGAUGAAACGUCAAUCGCUUUUUCGGUCCCAUGCACACCAUCCGGCACGGUCACAAAAAAAAUUCUACCGCAGAGUGUCGACCAAGUUUGUCGAUAAUACGGUGUACAGCCUACGGGGUCCUACUGGCCUCGGCCAUCAUCGGGCACGUGAUCUUGCACAGGAUAUGCGUGAGGGCUGGCGCGCCUACAUGCAACAAACGCCUCCCGAUGAAGCGAUCGUCACUGAUUUCCUCGACUCGCUUCCUCCGCGGAACCAUGGUCCCGAACUUUCGGUUCUCAGCGACGAAUUAACAGCAGCUGAGGUGCUAACAUCUAUUCGUCGCUGCAAAAGGGGUAAGGCGUGGGGACCGGAUUCGCUUGGUAACGACUGGUACCGCGACAAUGAGGCAUACCUUGUACCUCUACUGACAAGGGUAUUUAACGUGUGCGCACUUGGCGGCAUCUUGCCGGGCACGUUCGGUCAAGCUGUAGUGGCGUGCAUAAAGAAGUCGAGGAGUGCGGCAUCACCACUUGACUAUCGACCGAUAUCUCUGUUAAACUCGGACUACAAAGUCUUCACACGGAUUUACGCGUCCCGCCUCAGACCGCUGCUACCAACUCUAGUAAAUCCUCUCCAAACUGGUUUUGUACCUCGAAGAGAGAUGGCGACGGUACUUGAUAUCUUCGCUGCUGCUACUUUGUGUGCAAGUAAUGAUUCCCGAAUUGCACCGCUCGCUCGUGUUGCUGUUGGAUUUCUCAAAGGCGUAUGA